AUGCGAAGUAUUUAUGCUGAUUUGACUGGAGAUUCUUCUGCAUCUGAAACUGAACUGAUUAAAGGUGUGGACCAAAAGGCUGCAGAAUUUCUCCUCAGUACUGAAGAAGAAGAAAUAAUCUAUGACCUUCGUAAAUUAAAUGGAGAAAAUGGUAAAACAAAAUUUGAUGCAUUUUGGGAAGAGACCCAAAAAUAUAUUGAAGUAAUAGUCCCAGCAGUUCAUGAAAGACGCCAUGGUGAACAGUUGUACUUGCCUUUCAUUAUAUCGAUCGAACAGCUAAGAAAUACAAUUCAAAAACGACUUCCUACUUCAACUGAUAUUCCAAGCAAUGAGUGGCUUCGUCUCCAGUUCUGGCCAAAAAAUGUUACAAGCUUGCGUGCUUUACAGCACACAGGACGAUUUGAUUUAAAGUUUGUUGUUCAGCAGAGACUGCUUCGGGCAACCCAUCCAGAUGCAAAAUAUUGUGCUGUACAAUAUAAAUAUCUUAGGAACUUUGCCGUAAAACUCCGUAACUUUUCAAAAUUGAUUUAUUUGGAUGAUAAAUCAAUUGUACCUUUAGGCUAA